CUGCUGCGCGCCGCUGCUGCUGUUCCUGCCGCCAUGACAGGCCGAGGCACCGCUAGCCGCUUCCUCUGCAGCGUCCUGCGGAACGGCGUGGGCCGCUACGUGGGCCAGUUGCAGCGCCUCACUCUCACCCUCAGCAGGGACUCCCAGAGCGCACGAGGGGCCAGAGAAUACAUUGAAGAAAAAGUGGUGGACUUUGCCAGACAGAACCCUGGAAUUGUGAUCUAUGUGACUCCAAAGAAAAGCCGGGUCCCCACAGUGGUUGCUGAAUACUUGAAUGGAACCGUGAAGGAGGAGACUUUAAACAAGAAGACAGCUGAUGAGAUUGCGCAGCUCAUCCAGAAGCUGGCCGACCAGUCAGGCCUAGAAAUCAUCCGUAUCCGAAAGCCUUUCCAUACAGAUAACCCCAGCAUUCAAGGCCAAUGGCACCCAUUCACAAACAAACUCAGUUUACUCAAUGUCCAGAAUGUCAGUCAGCGGUGUCUCCCUUCUGCAGAAAAAUAAAUCAAUAUUGAUGAAAAGAGUC